UCAAAUAGAGCUCAGAAGUAAUUAAGUCUUAGUAAUUCAGACUUAAGAAGUUGCAAUUCGCUUGAUUAUUCAGGUAAACCUUUAUUUUUGUUUGGUUUAUAGUAUUAAUAUGCUGUUCCUUUUCCUCAGUGCAGAGUCUAGCCCGGAGAGACAGACCUGCUCUAGACAAGAUAAGAAGAUACUACGGCAGAUAUGGAAUGUCAUCGCCAGCCACAAGUACGCUUAUAUGUUCCUCAAGCCGGUCAAUGAAAAAUUUGCUCCAAAAUAUUACAGUGUUGUGAAAAGACCCAUGGAUCUCCUGACUCUGAAGAGGCGCGUGGCAAAGGGGCUAGUGGACACUCUGGAGGGGUUCCAGGAGGAGGUGAUGCUCAUGUUCCAGAAUGCCAUGAUGUUUAAUGAUCCCAACAGCGAGGUGUAUCGCAGGGCGGUCAGCAUGCAGGAAGAUGUUGUGGAGCACCUGCAGAUGUUGAUUUAAAGAGGUUGAGAUGAGAAUGCUGCUGAGUGCUGACGCUCUAGAACUGGGUGUGUGCUUUCUCUCUUCUUUCAGCGCACUGUUUAACCUUCAGCAGUUCUUGUGAUCCUGCCCUUUUCUUCUGCAAGUGUUUAUUGUUCUGAAAAUAUGUUAUAAUAUACACUGUGUGCUAGAGUUUUUUAAACUUUAAAAGGUUUAAAAUACAUACGAAAAA